CAACUCCAGGAUGUUACGGGAGAAAUGCGACCAGCUCAUAGAGGAGUCGGUCAACCUGACCAAGGCUGCCCAGAAAUCAGUGAAUGACGGACUGACUCAGAAAAUGGCUGAGUGCGUGUCGAUGAUGCAACAUAUGGAGGUCAGUUCGGGUGAGACGAGGGCCAGCAUUAACCGGGCAAAGCGCUGGUACGAUGAGAUGGAGCUGGCCAACGGAGUGAUUCUGGGUCCAGAGAGCAGCCUGCACCUGGAGAUACGGGAAAAGCUGGACAGGCCACUGGUCAAGGUCUUCCAGCGCCAUCCGGGGACCCAGCUCGUUGAGGCGGCCACUCUCGUCAAGGGUAUCGGCGCGCUGAAUGAUGCCAUGGCAGAGACCAAACGCAACAUCAAGAUGCUGGAGCACGCGAAGAAACAACUGGACGACAACAUUCGCGACAAAAAAGCCGGAUUUCAGAUAGAUUCAGAUAUAGUUCGAUUCCGUAAACUGAAAGCGCCCGCUCGGAUAAUUCUAAAUGCAUCAGAUCCACUGGCCGGCAACUAACUGGGAGAGCCGCAUCCUCUCACCCUCCGGUGUGCCCUUUUCUAUUAUUACUAUCAAUUAAAAACAGUUUAGUCACA